GUUCCGCCUUGGUGUGACGCAUGUCUCUUGCUACGGUACGCCAUUUGUGUCUAGCAACAAAAAGCGCGGACGGCGGAAAGAUUAGCAAAAUCGAAGAGGUGCUUGAGUCAUCUUCAACUCGAGUCAUUGUCACAGCUUUAUGCAGACAUAGCAAGAUAUGCUAUAGAUAAGAAACAUAUACAUCAGAAAAGGAGGCUCCUUUUGGACAAAAUGCCAAAAAACGGGCAGCCAGAUGACGUUGAGAUGGAGGACGCAACAGCCAACUCAACUAUAAAGCCUGAAAAAGAGGAAGGAGAAGCCACUCGGAAGCUGCAGCCAGACUCCGUGAUUGAAGAUGCUAAUACAAUAUGCACUGUUUGUGACUUUUCUGCAAAAUGCCCGAGAUCACUGAAGAUUCACUUUGCAAGAAAACAUAAAAAUGCAAAAACACCUCUGAACAGUGAAAACCUCUUAGAUGACAAUGUAAGAGAUGUUCAAAAAGAGAUAGGCAUGGAGACAGAAAGUGCUGCUGACGUUCCUGAGCCCGAUGAGCCAAGCUUAGCUUUCCAUGAUGAUGGUUCAAGUAGGAGUGUUCUGAUAUCGGAUAAGGAGGCAACUCAAGAACCAACUAUAUCCUCUCAAGAGAGAAGAGUUAGCAAACGAACCCCAAAACCCAAGAUUAUCUAUUCAUGCAACUACUGUGGACAAGAAUUUAGGGACCAGUCUCCUCUUGAUGUACAUAUCCAGAGAUACCACAAUAAAGAUGCCCCAUACACAUUUGGUGCUGAAGAGAACAUGGGUGAAGAAGAGGAGGCUGAAGAUACAGAACGUGCUUUAAAGAUAUCCCCCCCAGAAGUGAUGCUUAAACGUCCAAUGAGCAGAAUUCAGCUGAAGUGUGCAAACUGCGAUUUCAAAGUUUUCACACUUUCCUUGCUGGAGAGCCAUGCUCGUGUCAAGCAUCCCGACCUGGAUUGGUACCGCUGUAAAUUAUGCAACUUCUUUUCUGCUACAUAUGAAUGGAUGGACAGACAUAUUUGCUCAGACACCCAUAAGCAACAUCUCAGAAGGCAGAAUAGUGAAGAGUCUUCCUCCACUGAUUAUGUUGAGAGGGUAAGCAACGGAAAUGGAGGUGUAGAUGACUUAGCUGUUGGGGCCCAGGGAACACAAGAGGCAAUGGAGGCUGCUCAGGCUGUUACAGAAGAAGAAGAAGAUGAUGAUUCGGAAACUCUAAAACGGAGAAGAGGGAGACCAAAACAUGUGUCUUCAACCAAAUGUGGUUAUUGUGGCUUAAUAGUAUCUAAUGCCACCAACCUCGGUGUCCAUGUCCGUCGUAAACACAGCAAGGAUUAUCUUUACCGGUGUACUGUGUGCAAUUAUAGCUGUGUCACCAAAGGGGACAUAGAUCGUCAUUGUAUCACAAAGAAACAUAUGAACCGUGUGCAACAAUGUGCAAACAACAGCCCCGCCAAACAUCUAGAAAGCAGUUCACCUCAGGAACCCACAGAUACACAAUCUUCAGAACCAAAUGAAACCUCAGAGAAAAGGGAAAUGCAGCAGGACUCAGAAGGCUCCAAAGAACAGAGCGAAGACGAUCUUAUACUGCCACACUCAAGCUCAAAGGAUGGCCAAUAUGACCGUGUUACUUGCAGACACUGCGAUUUUGUAGCUCACUCGGGCUCUUCCCUCCAUCUUCAUGUGAACAGAAAGCAUGCAAAAGGCUUUGAAUAUGUCUGUUUGGCCUGCAAAUACUACGCUUUAACAAGCAAGGAAAUGUCCCGCCACGCCAGCACAGAGAGGCACAAGGAAAAAAGCCAGAGUUACCUGGCAUCGCAAGAGAAUGGUGGUCAAACAUCAAUCAUUGAUCCUAAAGGUGCGAUGGUUGAUCCUAAAUCUGAACCUUUUUGCCUCACUGAAGAAUCAAAGCUAAGUUCGGAACAAAGUCAGGACUCAGUGGCCCCUUCUGUCAGUACGGAGCCUGUUGAUGCUGCAGACAUCUUAACUAGCAAAGCAGAGAAGGAAGCAGAGAGCAUUACAUCUGCCACUGGUGAUGAUCAAGAUUCAACGGACUGUACAGUGAGACAAACGGCCAAAUCAACAGCAGAAAUUGAAUUCGUAGUGCAACAGUCUCCGCAAGAAAGCCGAGAAGUUGACAAAUACAUGGAAGGGAUGAGCCCAGAAAAUAGCUCUCUGUCGGUUCCAAAACUAUCCACCGCUUUAUCUUUUGAUGCCUCUAUUGUGUCUGUAAAAGCCCUUGCUGAGCAGGAGCAAGCAACGUUGAAGAAGCUUGCCCUGGAAGGUGAGGCUGCUGUUAAAUGUUUGACAGGAGAAGCACCAGAGUCCUCUGCUCUCCUGUCGCAUGUUUAUGUUAAGACGUUCGAACAGAAAGAAAGGAAGAAAAAGAACCAUGCUAAUUUGAGCAGCACCGGAAUCCGCUGUGAUGAUUGUGGCUUUUUGGCAGACGGCCUCAGCGGUCUGAAUGUCCACAUUUCAAUGAAGCACCCGACCAAGGAUAAGCCUUACCAUUGCAUGGUGUGUGGAAAGUCCUACUAUACCGAGAGCAACCUGCAUCAGCACCUGGCCAGCGCCUCCCACCUCCGAAAUGAGCAGAACAGCCUCGAAGAACGACUUGAAGGGGGAGCGUGCUUCAAGUGCACAAAAUGCACAGACCGCUUCAAAACGGAACAAGAUCUGUUUAUUCACAUCAAAGAGAAACACGACGAGCUGCUAAGACAAGUCAACAAGUUUGUGCUGGAGGACACUGAACAGAUCAACCGCGAACGGGAAGAGCACCAAGGCAACGUUUGCAAGUACUGCGGAAAAGUGUGCAAGAGCAGCAACUCCCUGGCCUUCCUGGCACACAUUCGCACGCACACAGGAUCCAAGCCCUUUCUUUGCAAGAUCUGCAACUUUGCUACUGCUCAGCUGGGAGAUGCCAGGAACCACGUGAAGAGACACCUAGGCAUGCGAGAGUACAAAUGCGACAUCUGUGGAUGGGCGUUCGUGAUGAAGAAACACCUCAGCACCCACCUGCUUGGAAAACAUGGAAUCGGCCAGCGUAAAGAAAGGAAGUUCGAUUGCAAGUUGUGUGAGCGCUCCUUUAGUGAAAAAUGGGCCCUAAACAACCACCUGAAACUUCACAGUGGCGAGAAACCUUAUAAGUGUUCCUGGCCGUCCUGUCACUAUGCCUUCCUGAACCUGUCAGCCAUGAAGGACCAUUAUCGUACACACACUGGUGAAAAAAAAUUUCUCUGUGACCUGUGUGGUUUUGCUGGAGGGACACGACACGCUCUUACCAAGCACAGACGCCAACACACAGGAGAGAGACCCUUCAAAUGCAAGCUUUGUAACUUCGCCUCCACCACGCAGUCCCACCUAUCAAGACACAAUCGCGUUCACACUGGGGAGAAACCAUACCGCUGCCCCUGGUGUGACUACAGAUCUAACUGUGCUGAGAACAUCCGUAAGCACAUCCUCCAUACAGGUAAACACGAGGGGGUGAAGAUGUACAACUGUCCAAAAUGUGACUAUGGCACCAACUCUCCCAUUGAGUUCCGCAACCACCUGAAGGACAGCCACCCUGAUAUUGAGAAUCCAGACCUUGCUUACCUUCAUGCAGGUAUCGUGUCCAAGUCCUUUGAGUGCCGCCUUAAAGGCUUUGGGGCGUCUUUUGUGGAGACCGAGGACCUGAGCUCAACUGUGGCCAGGAAGAUCAGCGAUGACGGACCCGUCCAGCAAGUCAUCAUCAUUCAAGGCUACAGCGAGGAAGAAGUGGCCAUUGACCAGACCCUGGAGGAGUCUGCUGCUGCCACCCUGCAGACUCUGGCCAUGUCCGGCCAGGUGGCAGGGGUGCUCCACAUCACAGAAGACGGACAAGUCAUUGCUUCAGGUAGGGAAGCUGCGUCCGCAGGGACCCAGCUCGCCGUGGGGAGCACCCAGUACGUGGUGCUGGCAACAGGCGAGGCGGGCAAUCAGCUUCAGGCUGCAUCUAGAGGAGGAGAAGGCGCCUCUGAAGCUGCCGGACAAAGUCAUAUUGUGUCCGAGCGGUCCACAGCUCUGGACGCUCUCCUCAGCGCUGUCAGUAAAAUGGGCCAUCAGGAGAAAAUGCAAGGAGAGGCAUCUGUCGGCCACAAGACCGCGAGCCCUGAGACAGACAAGCCUGUGCAGAGUGAAGAGCAGUCUGUGGUCAAACAGGAAGAAGAGACGGAAGCCGCUAGCCAGAAGAGUCAGGAAGAGAUGAAGAAGCUGCUGCAGCUGGCAGCUUGUCGCAUGAUGAAGGAAGGUCUGACCCAGGUCAUUGUCAACAACGAGGGAACCCACUACAUCGUUACGGAGCUGGACGACUGCACCUUACAGGUGGAGGAAGGCGUGUAUGAAGAGGCGGCUGCCGAUGACACAGCAGAACAUCAGGAAGAUCAGCAGGUUGAAGACCCGCAGAAGAUGGACCCUAACUGAACCAGGGACAUUUCCUUUUUCUAGCUUUUCAUUUCAAGUGUCAAUCAGAAAUGUUUUGUCUUCAACUCCCGUUGGAUAUCGACUAUAAGGCCAUCAUGUCAAGAAAAAUGUUGAGGGAACACCGAAAUUCACACACAAACCUGAACGCAACAUUCUAAACACAGCAGCUACAUCCUCUGUCUCUGUAGAUAACCAGCAUUACAUAAUUGGCCACAAACAUUUUCACAAUCACACUGAACCGCUGCAAUGAGUGCAGCUGUGAUAGGCUCCAGCCCCCCCCGCGACCCCGAAAGAGACAAGCGGUACAAAGUGAAUGGACGGAUGGGCACUUAACCCUUCUUAGUGACGAUGGAUGUCAUUGUGUUUGACAAUAACAUACAGAAGGUAUCGCUGCUUGCAAGUCUAUAACUUUAUUCUUGAUGACAUUACUGCUUUAUUUCCCUAAUAUAAUUGUUUGCAUUAUUUUCAGUGUAGCCCUACUACUCCUCGCUAGUGUGCACGGAAGAAAGGAGGACUUUGUGUAUAGGAAGAUCAUGUAAAAUCAUUUGACGCCACCAAAACCAGGCUUAAUUCAUGCAAAAAUGAUUAUGCAAUUAGUAUAACAAUUUGUAAUUGCUCAUGAAUAAGAUACUGUAUACAUCAAUAUUUUGUGUUUUUUCUUUAACAUUACUUCAAGGUUUCUUUUCUUUAUUCUUGGUUUGUUAUUAGCAUAUGAUUGGGCACCAAGCAUUGUUUUGCAUAGGAGGCAAACCUCGCAGUCGGCACACGCAUCGCUAACGCUACAUUAUGCAAGCUGUUAGGAGGCUCUUUGGUUAUUUGUGCGCUCGCCACGUUAUAAAUCGCCUUUCAUUUCUUACAAUAAACACUGAAGCCAGUUUUAACAACUGCGUCCAUAGGUUUUCAUUCUGACACUUUAUUGUGGCGUUUGCCGCGACGGUUUCGCCAUCAAUGCUGCGUUUAUGUUCACAGCACAGCGCCGCCCAAUGAGAAAGCCCCAUGCACAUACAUGCAUUAACUGAUAGCUCCCAUCAUGCUUUCUGAUCGCUAACAUAGUCAUUAUCAUCACCAUUAUCAUUAUCACCACCAUGAUCACCAUCACCCUAAUCGCCAUCCUCUCUUCCUUUCCCCCCCAUCAGGCCUAUUCCCUCCAUUGCAUGCAACGCACUCAUCGUUUCUCUCCAACCCCGCACCCAUCCCCUCGAACCCCUCAGUAUUUGGCACUGGAGGGAGAAUCAAUAUUCAUUUAGGCCGCUACACAGGCCUGCAGUUUCUGAUGGAGUGAGUGGGAGAGCAGUAUGACGGCUGCAAGCACAAUGGCUAAAAGUGGAGGGAGAAAGCACUCACACACUACGAGGGCAUCAAAAGAUCAUCCCUUUAACACGCGCGCACACACACGCAGCGAGCGAGAAGGUGGGCCAAGAGAGAAAGUGGUGGACGAGUGGGCAGGAGAAAUGAGAGCAUUGCAGAUGGAUGUUGAGAGAGGUGAGGCCACACAGAAGUGGAAGAGCACCGAGGCCCGCGAACACGCAGGGAGAAGGCAGCUAAGCAAUUUCACAAAACACCUAUCUGCCUUUUUAGCCUGUCUUGGUCUCCCGUUCUCACACAUCGCAUUUGAAAAGAGUUUUUUCUUCUUUUUUUUUUUGCAGUAAGUACUAUUUUUCUCUUCGUCUUCCUCUCCUUUUCAGAGCAGGCCUGUGCAUUUAGCAGAGGUCAGCGUGCAUGCGUGAGCAGCCAUGCACGUCUCCGAAGCUUGUUAACACCCACUGAGUGGAGGAAUAACAUUGAAAUUCAGCACAUUUGCAGAAUUUACAACGGCGUGCUGACUAAAUUAUGACAUUCAGGAUUCAUAUCGAGUUGAGGAACUCUGCAAAGUAAAUGAUCUCGUGAGGAUGUCAGUGACAAUUGGCCAAGUUCAGCAAAAAUAUUAUUUCUUAUACCAUUUUAUUCACUUUAUGACUUAGGCCCCGUUUACACUAAGCCAAAUAAGGUUAUCCAGGGUAAAUCACACCUAACCUUAUCCGUGUCCACACACAACAAUGGCACCGUUUAAGACCCCCGCCCCCCUCUGUC